GUUUCAGCGGGUGCACACUGUCCAGCAACGCUUGUUCGGUCGGUCUGUUUGACAAAAUGUUGAUAUGGCCGAGUGGUUUUACUAGUUACAUUACUUGUACUACCCGCUUGGUAAUAGUUUAGGUGUACUCUAGCCAUUCUUUCUGAGCAGGUUUUUCAGCAGAUGUGAGUUGACGCCUCAAAAUUCGCAUUACAUUAUCCGAUAUUAGCUAGCUCACGUUAGCUAGCUUGGUAACGUUAGUUGAACAAAUAUAUAGAGCAGUGGUUUGAUUAUAGCUAACCAUCUUAGCAUUCGCUUUAUAAGUGUAGUAUAGUCACAUAAGUUGCGUUCAACAUGGACAACCAAGAACACUGCUCUCCCUCUGAAGGAUGCGUCGACCGGUCUACGCUGGUGUCGGGGGUUGGAAAGAAUAUCAAGUCAAUUUUGUGCCAACGUUGUGGAUCGAAGGUCCUCUGCCCAGGGAUGGCAGUUUUUGCAGAGAAGGAGGUAAGGUUCACCUCAGACAGGUUAUGUGAUUCAUAACUGACGUAUUUUCCUAUCUGAAUGGGCAUUCAUCAUUUGCUUUAUUUCAAGUUAGUGCAAUGUCUUACCACCACCUAAACUGUAGCACAAAAUGAUAUUUUUCAUACAUUUUUACAUUUUAGUCAUUUAGCAGACGCUCUUAUCCAGAGCGACUUACAGUUAGUGAGUGCAUACCUUUUCAUACUGGCCCCCCGUGGGAAACGAACCCACAACCCUGGUGUUGCAAGCGUCAUGCUCUACCAACUGAGCUAUAGGGGAUCCUACAAUGUGCAAUUAGCUAUGUCAUGAUGUGACAAAAAAAUGUCAGGGAGUGGAAUAUCACUUCUGUUUAUCUAUUCAUAUUAAUGGUCAUUGUCAUGAUGAAUCUUGUCUGGUAUUUCCUCCCCUAUAUCCACCAGCUGUUCCUGCCCUCAAUGCGGAAGAAGACCACUAUCACCCAAUCAGAGGGAUCCGUGGAUGGGGACACACUGACUACCCACUGGUUAGUCGACGACAUGUACACCUUUGAGAAUGUGGGCUUCACCAAGGACGUGGGGAGAAUCAAGUACCUCAUUUGUGCAGACUGUGAGAUUGGACCCAUUGGCUGGCACUGCCUGGAUGACAAAAAGAGCUUCUAUGUUGCAUUGGAAAGAGUCAAUCAUGCCUAGUGUGGCCCACUGUAAGAACCUGGGGACACUUAAGAGGGUGUACACAUUUGGAACUGAAGGACAAGACAGACCAACACAAACGUCGCCUUGCGCAGUAGAUCACUUGCUGGGUGUCGAAAGACAGUGCCGAUUCAACAUGUAGAAUUGUUGUGAAAUCAACAGAAAAUGACGGCAAAUGUUCUGUGGUCAGAGGCAAUAGGACGGUCACCCACUGCGCAUGGGCAACAUAUGCGUUGGUCUGGCUUGUCCUUAACUCUUUUCGAUCUUCACUUUCCCUCUGGCUGGUGCUGGAUGCUGUCUCGGUUAUUAUGAUGACUCCUUAGUUCAGCAACGUUGUUCUCUACUGAUCAACAAUCGUAUUGAUGUGGUUCUCUGAACAAAUGUCUUAUCAGUCUAUAAAACUGUUAUUCAAUCCAAUACUGUAACUAACCCAUAUUCAGGUGUUAUGCUUUGGUCUGAGAUUAACGCUACAGCCUUUGGAAUUGUAUUACUUGUAUAGGCCUACUUGUUAUUAUUACUUUCAACUUCUGAAAUAUUAUCAGAAUAUCUCUGUUCUUCUAACACUUAUUGCAGAUGCUAAUGUGAAAUGAUGUGGUGCAUUUGGACUUCUACUGUUUGAAUGAUUAGUGUGCUUAUCAGCAUAGCACACCCUUUGCCUUGCAUGCUGAAUAAUGGGAGUGGUUGUAUUUGUUGAGUGUGCUGUAUGCAUUUGUUGCUGAUACAUUUCAAGUGACAGUGUUCUGUCUGUUGAUAUACCACAUUGGCUUUGACUGCUGCUCUGCCACCAUGUUGGCCCUCAGCUAUUGCCAACUAAUACCAGAGGCCCCCAUUAGAUCUCCACAGUACAUGCUCAUCAUGGUCAUAUGUUCUGGAAUGUAUUUCAUUCCAUCUGCAUUGAGGACUGGAUUGACUAUGUGAGCUCUAUUGUUUGUCGCUUCUCUUUCGCUGCAUUUUAAUGCUCUCUAAAACGGUUAUAAACUCUGUAAAAUAAAAUGUAUCACUCAC